AGCGCGCGCUUGGGUUCGGAGGCGCGCGCGCAGAAGAGAUUGAGCAGCGCUUGCAGAGCAGAGCUUCUUAAGUAGCUCUCUCUGUGUCUCUGGAGGAGGAGGAGGAAUGGAGCCCAACAGCCCCCGCAAGAUCCAGUUCACCGUCCCGCUGCUGGAGCCUCACCUGGACCCAGAGGCAGCCGAGCAGAUCCGAAGACGCCGCCCAACUCCCGCUACGUUGGUCUUGAGCAGUGACCAGUCAUCACCAGAAAUCGAUGAAGACCGGCUCCCCAAUCCUCUGUUGAAGCCAGGGUUGUCGAUGUCACCAAGGCAGAGAAAGAAGGUCUCCCGCACCACCCCCACCAUGAAAGAGCUCCAGAUGAUGGUUGAACACCACCUCUGCAAACAGCAAGCAGAUGAAGAGGAUGCCAGCACUGCAAGCCAGGAACCUCCCAGUCCACCCUGCUGCCCCCAUGCCAACUCAGAGCCUGGCCACAGUCCUGGGAAUUGCCCUUUGGCCCAAGCUCAUGCCCAGAUGGAGUCACAGCAGGACGAGCACUCCGGCCUUGAGGAACAAGGAAGAGCCCCUGGAGCAUGUGGAGCAGAAAGAGCUGGAAAUGCAAGAUCAGGAUUGUCCUCAGACAAACAAGGAGUCCAUAUACCACCGGAGGGGAAGGAAAGGCUAGCCAAGGAGUGAUGAUCAACUUCUGGGACAGAGGAUGCAUCUGAAGACAGGGCUCGUGCCUACCUGAUGGAAUAUCUCACAGCUGUUUUCUUUCCUUCUCUCUGUUUUUUAAAUGAUUGUGCUUUUCUUUUCUUUUUUUAAGAUUUCAAUUGCUGGUCAGAUGUUUGUAAUGCUUUUUUUUUUUUUUUUUUUGGUAAGAAACAUAAUUGUAAUGGCCCAAGGCCAAUAGGGGGAGGGAAUUAUUCGUUCAAUUUGGGGGUUAGGCGUCAGGAUACAGAUGUAGAGAAGACUGUGAUUCAGCCUAGAGCAGUAGAAAGUUGUUGUUGUUUUUAAAAUCAGAACUGGCAGAACCUGUGGGUUAUACCUCUUUACCAGUGGCCCAGUUCUUCCAAACAAAUGCAUUGAGAACACCUGAAGUUGUACCAUUUUAGAUUGCAGGUGGGGUUCACAAGACUGAAUAUCAAAAAUAAUUCUUUGCUUAAACACAAUGGCAGAGAAGAAUUAUGGUUUAACAUUCUCUGCCAUGCUACUUUUUAAAUAUAUAUGUUGGUGUUUAUAGUGUGGAAAAGCAAUUCAUCAUGUGAGCCUCCACUUGUAGUAUGCUACAGUACAACUGAGAAAGCAAGUUUCAUCUGCUGUGGGAAAGAACUAGACUACUGACUAAAACUCCCCCCCCCCCCAUUUCCUAUACCUUGAGGUGGCUUGUUCAUAGCCAUGUACAGGUUAUCCCAUAUCCAAAAUAUUUCGGACUAUAAGUGUUUUGGAUUUCAAGAGUUUUUCAGAUUUUGGAUACAUAAAACAACUUGGAGAUGUCUAAACAUAAAGUUCAUUUAUGUUUCAUAUACACCUUAUACAUAUUGCCUGAAGGUAAUUUUAUGCACAAUAUUUUUAAUAAUUUUGUGCAUGAAACAAAGUUGAAUACAGUGAACCAUCAGAAAGGAAAAGUGUCACUAUCUUAGCCACGCAUGUGGACCAUUUCAGAUUUGGGAAUAUUUUGAAUUUUGGCAUUCUGGAUAAGAGAGACUCAACCUGUACUGUUUUCAAAACCUUACGAUGAUCCCUGCUAGAACAGUGGCAUAGUGCCUACAGGAAAAUCCACAGCUUUUUCUAGCAUGCAUCACAAGGAAAUGAGGCUGGAGACUGCUGGUAAAGGGUAGAAAUAUGCCUUAGUUCAUGCCAGCAUCCACACAACUGGGCCCUCCUCAGUUACAAAUGGGUGCCUGGCUGUGGAAGUCUCCCUGUUAUUCAAGGGCAAGGCCCUGGCAGUUGCGAUUUUUCCAAUUCCAGUUACAGGCCUCAUCUUUAAGUCAUCCAUGCUCUAGUAAUCCUUCCCCCUGCAAGUUCUGGGAAGGCUCAACCAAUGACAGGGCCUUUUUAUCCUUUCUGACAUCCCUUUCUAGCUCAAUUGCCUCCCUGUUGGGAGUAGUGCCAUCCAGCAGUGCCUUCUGGGGGGCAAGCGACAGGUUUUCCUCCCUUAAAACCACCUACAGGCCUCACUAAUGUGUGUGUAACCUCCAAAUGGUAUCACACACAGAAAGUAUGUAUACUUGUUUUCUAAGGAUAUAAGAGUCGCUCUUUGUUACAUGGUAAUGACUGCUUGAAAUACCAGCCUAUUCUUCCUCUUCAUACAUGACAUGCAAGUGGUAUUUUUCCCUUUUAUCCACUAGUAAACAAGCUGUUUCCAUCUUGAUACAAUGGAGCUGAAGACAGCCUAGAUAAAGAAUGGAAGACACUCUCGCGGUGUUUCAGAAAGUUUCUGCUUUAAACUGAAGCCCUCAUCUGAAAUGAGGCCCUUCUCUAAGGCAAGGGGUGUGGGAGAACCUAUGUCUCCCCAGGUAUCAUUGGGCUUCAACUCCUAUCAUCCCUGAACAUUGACCAUGCUGACUGGAGCUUAUGUGAUUUGCAGUCAAACAGCAUCAGUAGAGCUACAGGUUCCCCCAUCCCCUGCUCUAUACCAUUAUUAACAUUAGUAAUUAAAUCACAUCCCAGCUAAAGUGUUGGCAGCAUCUGGCUGCAGCCUGUAUGAGUGAGAGGUCCACCCACUUGGAAUUAGCAUUUUCUAUGUCGUGCAUCCCUGAAUUGUUGACACAGUUUUACAUAUCUGGACUGCAAUUCUGGACUUCCUGCCCUCCCCUUGCCACACAUGUGAAUCUUGCUUCUUUUAUUAAACGGGUCAUCUUUG